UUUUAUUUUUUCGUUUACUAUGCUUUGAGCCAUAAGAGUUAAAACUUGAUAUGAAAUUUUUUGCGACAAGUUUUUCAACUAAAGUUAUAGUUUUUGGUUUGACGACUACUUUUCAAUUUUGUUACGAAAAUGAUGAACCCUCUGAUCCACAUCCGUUUCAUUUGCGCAAUGCUUGUAAUGGAAGACCUUUACGAAACCAUUUACAAGAAUCAAACCAUGACUGACGGCGAAUAUACAGUAAAUGAAUUACUUGGUCUCGCGCAUCAUCUUAAAAAAUUGAAAGAAGCACCCAAAAUAAAGUCCCUGAGUCGCGACACCAGUUUGAGCAAAGAUGAUUUCAAGAAUGUCUUGGAAUUCCUCGCACCUAAACUUAUUGGUAAUGAGAUCGUAAAUCUAGUAGCAGAUAAUGGUUUUUCCGAAGACGAGUUCCAAGGCGAAUUAUACCCGUAUUACGAAACAGUUUUGAAGUACUUCUCAGCUUGGAAGAGUUUCAUGGAACAUCGUUUCUCGAAUUUCAGAAGAACAUUCGAGAGACUAUUGAAAAAGAAAUAUCCAAACCCGGACCAGUACGAGAUCGCCGUCCAGGAGUUCUUUCUGCUACAGUCGAGAGACCACGCUCUUGGAAAUUUCACCAAACAUCAGUAUUGGGAGUUGUAUCGUGAAUUUGGUUUCCAAAAAAGAGAAGACAAUUUUUUCGAGGUGUUGGAUGAGUUCUACGAAGGAUGGUGCUUGACCAACAACAGCAUCGAUCAGUUUUAUCUGCUUCUCGAGGCCAUGCCCGUUGAGAAAUUCCAGACUUACGACAGAGAUCUGAUUUACUUCGAACCGUUUAUAACGACACCAUUUAUAGGAAUGCCCCAGUCUAAAUUUUGCAAGUCCUCUAAACAUGAUUUUGAUUAUUUCGGCAAAUACUGGUUUGCAGGCGGACAACGUUUUGAUUUUUCCACCGAUUUGAGGGAUGAAGUAGCCGAUUAAUCCACCUCCGGAACAAUUUCCUCUACAACCGUACAAAUUUAACCGGUGGGUGGGGAGGGGGAGUUCUUAUGUGUUCCUGCUUGAUGGAUAAGUUCUUGACAGCAAGUUGAGCCUGUAUUCAAUUUUUUUGCCAUAAGGUUUUUAUGCUUUGCAGAAAUUACUUGUGAUGAAUGGUCUUGAACAUGUUCUAGUUUUGCUUCCUUCUCCCCUCUUCAAUAAUUUCACAAAAUAAGAAUUUUUCAAAAGGAAAAACAAAGUUGAAAAAAAUCCCCAAAAAAACUUCCAAGGCAAUAAAAAAAAGGUACGUUUAAAGAGUACCUCUGAUUAUCAAAGGUGAAUCAGACAUUGACUCCGAUUUUUAAACUAUUCUUCUUCUUGGUGCCGUUCCGCAUAUGUCUCUGUUUUGGGCGAGAGCAUCCGCACCCUCUUGCUCCCUCCACCCUGCCUAAAAUGAAAAAAGAAUUCUCCUCCAGCAUCACAUUUCGAGCGCGUCAAUUUUUCUCCUGUCUACUUCGGGCACUGUCCAGGUUUCUGACACAUUGAGAAAAACUGAGAAAACCAGAGCAUUUAUGAGCCUUAUCUUCAGAGUCUUGCUCACUGCUGCAUCUAACCAUAUCAUCUUUACUCUAGGAAUCUUCUAUUUCCAGAAAUUUUUCAUUAUUUCUGAUAGGUACCUCGACAUAUCAUCUUGACAUGUAGAUGUUGAUUUUGAAGCUCAAAAUUUGCAUCUACCUACAACUAUGUCGACAAAUUUUUCAGAAUUGAAAUUUCUGUUUCAGUGUUUAAAAGUUUGGUAGGUAAACAUUUCAAAAUAUUAUCUAAUAGUUUAAAGAGGAAAACUAAUUUUUAAUGGCAUUGAUAUUCAUUUUUCCCUAGUUUGGAGUUGAUGUUAUGUCGAUAUUGUGGAUGUAAUUGUUGAUGUCGAAUUUCACAUCAACAUUAACAUUGACAUGUUGUCGACAUGAAAAUGUAUUAGUUUAGUCGUCGUCAUGGUUCCAUAUCCUUUUUACAGGACAUUGGAAAUCAUAUUAAGUGGUACCCUAACAGGGUGAGGCGAAUGCAUAUAUGCCACUGCGAUUAUUCUAGGGAAUCAACAUUUUUUGAGCUAACAUGUAGUAGUUUCCCGUUGCUUUCUACGCUAUCUACAAAGCAGUGUUGAAAGAACAGCACAAGAACGGAACAAAAUUUAAAAGAACGGAACAUUUUUUGAAGAACAAGAACAAGAAUGAAAACAGAAUUCAAAUUUUUUCAAGAACAAUAAGAACAAGAACAAAACCGCAAAACCAAUAUUUUGAAAGAACAAGAACAAGAGCAAGAACAGAAUCAAAAUCUCCUCAAGAACAAGAACGGGAACAAGAACGGGAAAACAUCCCAUGUUCUUUGUUCUUGAUCUGUUCUUUGUUCUUUGUUCUUGUUCUUAAAUGUUCUUUCAUUUUUUUCUUACACCAUUGUCAUAGCUACGAAUUUCUAUGGAAAUUUAUGCAAAAAAUUUUGUAACUUGUGAAAAAAUCGUAAAAAAAGGGUGUAAUUUUUGCAAAAUAUUGAUAAAAUUGUCAGCUGAUUUGAAACUAGCAAGAACGCUAGUGAAAGAACGCAAGCACGCAAGGAAAGAACUCAACAAGAACAAAAAUAAAAACAACCAAGAACAGGCGUUCUUGCUGGUAAAGAACAAGAACAAGAACGAAACUGUGUGGCAAAAAUUUGAGAACUCAACAAGAACAAAAAUAAAAACAACCAAGAACAGGCGUUCUUGCUGGUAAAGAACAAGAACAAGAACGAAACUGUGUGGCAAAAAUUUGAAAGAACAAGAACAAAAACAAGAACAUAAUUUGAUAACAAAGAACAAAAACAAGAUCAAGAACGCUCCUGAUACAUCAAGAACAAGAUCAAAGAACAAGAACGCGGAAAUUUUUUUCGCGUUCUUUCAACACUGCUACAAAGUAUGUAGCCCAUACAUCGCUAGCCGGGUUUUUUACAACCCUGAGUUCAGUAAUCACUACUACCUAUAGGUGCUCAACCAGUUACGGCUUUUUGAUACCGGCAACAGAUUGUGUGCAUUUCUGUUGCCUCUGCUGUUCUGGUGCUCGGAGCUUAACAUGUAAUAGAUGUUAAAUGCACUACAAUGUAUACAUUACACGUUAACGCCUGCGUUUCUAGUGGGAUUUGAACCCACACCCUCUUGUUCAGAAAGCCAUGGCUCAACCCACUACGCCACCAAGCGUAUUAGUUUAGUACUCUUAGAUAAAGUUUGGCACCUUUCUCAAUAUACUGACUUUCGUGAUCAACUUCUAGAUUGUAUAAGUCUGUACUUCUCAGAGGUGGUCUCCGCAUCACUGCUGCUUUCAGCAUGAGCAAUGGCCACCUAAACCUAACAGAAAUCAUUUUUGGAAAAAAUUUCAAUUUUGAAACUAAAAUUUCAUAAUUUUACGUAGCAGGAUGUCGAUAUGAAUUUUGAUGCCAAUGUCGAUCCAUCCACAUCCGUCACAUUUGGAUCCUACAUGUCGGUGUAAAUAUCAACCCUGUGUAGAGCCAAUUGUUGACAUGAAUGCCAAUCAGCAUUGGUCAACAAUUGCAUCAACAUAGGGUCAAAAUUCACAUUGACAUGUGGCAUCCAAAAGUGACGGAUGUGGAUGGGUCGACAUUCACACCAAAAUUAGCAUAGCCAUUGUUGUAAGGGUAUCUCCUUUGUUAUCAACAAUAGAUCCCAGGUACACGAAUCAAUUCACCACUUUGAUUCCCUCAAUUUCCUGGAUUUCAGGUCGAGUUGUUCUCAGGCUGAUUCAUGAUCAUGAUCUUCUUCUUUGCUUUAUUCAUCAGCGAGCCAUAUUCUGCGCUAACCUCUUCCAGACAUUUCAGAAAAAUGGUAGUAUUUUCAACACAUGUCUUGAAGCGAUGAGGGCUGUGUCAUCAGCAGUGUGAAGAUUUGACAUUUGUACACCUCUGAUUGAUACUCCUCCCUGCCAUUCAUCAGAGCCAUCAUCAUUGGCGUUUUCUGCUACAAUUAGCUGCAGCGUCUCUGGAAUUAUAAAUGCUCCCUAUAGAUUGAACAGGAGUGGGGAUAGAAUACAGCCUUCUUAUACUCCUCUCUCUAGGUGGAAUUUCUCCCACAUGUUGUUUCUCUGUUGAUUUGGACAUUUGCCAUGUUCCCUUCCUACAAUAAAUUGUUUCAUCAGCCACACCACAUGUAUUGGCGCCCCUGGCUGGACACGAAUUGCGUCCCGCGCCACGGGUGGUACAAAUGGGUAGGCUCGAAUUGCGUCCCAAACAGGCACGAAUUGCGUCCGCUGGGGCAGGUAUAUUUUAAACAAAAGAAGUGGGUCAAAAUAGAAAAAAAAUGUACUCACAAAGUAAGGAGUACCAUUUCGUCUUGCAUUACCAAUGUUAUUUCAAAUAACUUGACAUCCAUACGCUUGAACUCUAAAAGAAUUGAAAACACAACACUAGGGUCCCAGGGUUUUGAAAAAAAAAAAUGCUGAAAAAUGAAAAAAUCGAGCGUGAGGAAUUUGUUUAAAAAACCACCAAUGUCAAAAUUUACAAACAUUUUUUCCAGGGACGAAACCAGGCAUUUUCUUUGGGGGAGGGGGAGGUGUUCGAUCAGAAAUUUGCCGACUGAUGUGACAAAAAAAUACCUAUACCUAUUUUGCUGAUUAUAACAUUGAGCUUUUUAAUGUGAAAUGAAGUGUGAGAAGACAAUUUUGCCACUUGAUAUAAGUACUCAACACAUAUGAUGGGUAGUAGCCAUUAAGUUACGGAUAUUCAUAGCCCAUUAUGACUUAUAAAAAAUUUGCAUGUUCAUUUUUCAAUUUUUAGAAGCCUCAAGCAGAAUUUUUUUGUUUUAUAAAAAUGAAAACAAAAUAUAAACAAAUUGGCCCAAGCGUAGCAGGGGAAAAAGCUUUUGAAAAUUUGUAUUUUUAUAAGUAAAAGAACAAUUAUUUUUCAUGGGAGGAGAUUGAUUUUUUCGGUUCAAAAUUUUCAUAAUUUGAAUGAUUUUUUUUUAGAAAUUUCAGCUCCACAAAUGAAAAGCAAAAAGGUCCCAUCGAAGUCAGAACAACGCAUAUUUGUAUACGUUAAUUUGUACGUAUUCUUCUUAUUUCUCUAAAAACGACCAUCCAACCUAUCUAACACCCUAACCUUGGGACGCAAUUCGUGUCCAAUUCUAAUGAUCUCGAAAGGGUUGCUUUGGGACGCAAUUCGUGCCUAGCAAAAUAUUACUUGGGACGCAAUUCGUGCCUUUUCGUACUUUCGGGACGCAAUUCGUGCAGUGCCGCGCCCCUACCUUGAGUACAAUGUUCCACAGCUUAUUCGAUUGUACAUACACAGUCAAACACUUUCUAGUAAUCAACAAAACAUAGCACAGUGCACACAUUGUAUUCCCAUGCUUUCUCAAUAAGCAGACUGAGGUUGAGGAUCUGCUCCCUAGUUCCUCUUCCCUUCAAGAAUCCUGCUUGUUCUGGAGGAAUUUGACUAUAUAUGAGCAAGUAUAACCUACCAUACAUGAUCUUCAGUAGUACUUUGCUGGCGCGAUUCAUCAAAGAGAUUGUUCUGUAGUUCUACCAGUUCUCAGGAGAUCCUUUUUUAUACAGUGACUUAUGUCAACUGUACCCAGUCCUCUGGACAUUCGCCGCUCAUCCAUAUAAAGUUGCAUAUGUUAUGGAUUCGGCAAAUGAUUUCUUCGCUUCCAGUUUUGAAGACCUCAGCCAUUAUCUUAUGUAGUCCUGGUGCUUUGUGCUUUUUCCAAGUACUCGAUGGCAUUGAUGACCUCAUCAAGUAAGAUUGGUAGCUCCUUCUCCUCCAUGACUUUGAACCUAGGGGCAUCAGUUUGCUCCUCUUCCCCGGCAACCAGCGUAUAGCUUCUUGCAGUAGGUACUUUCUCCAUAUCUCUACAACGUCUUCUGCAUUGGUCUUAGACUUCACGCUCAUCAUCUAGAUUGAUCAGCUUGCUGGCUUUGAAAUCACAUGUGAUUGAGCAGAUUUUGUGAAAGAGCAACCGGGUCUCAUUAAGUAGAUGUGUUUUUUUCACUAGGAUUUCGGCAGAUUUUCAAGAAUCUGGAUUUUGGACAUUUCUCAAUGACCUUUUUUUCAACAAUUUUUAAAUUCCAUUAUUCACCAACUUUUGAAACUGUAAAAACUUUCUUUUAACAAGUAAAAUCCAAAAUCCAUUUUCAAAAGCUACUAUUUACCUUAGCAGAUAGUCUGAAAUUAGCUAUUCGAUAUGACCUUUAUUUGUGUCAUUCUGUAGGUAAUGGGCCCAUUUGGUCGUUUCUAUUUAUCGAGAUAAUCGUGUUUUUUUUAGUGAAAAAGUCGAGAGAAUCGACAAUCGAGGUUUUGAUGGAUUUCGAUGUAGAACAUAUCCGACUAUCACGUGUUAAAGUAUCAAGGCCGCAGGUGCGCCCCAAGCGGAGAAAAACGGAACUAAAGUUUUUCCAAGAAGGGCCCAUUUGGUUGAUUUUGUUUUUUUUUCACGGUAAAUUCAUUUCCGAAGACUUCCAAAAAAAUACCCUCCAAAUUAUACAGCACCUAGUUGCCAGUGGAAACAUGUAUACCAUUCAAAAACACAACUUACCUAGCUGCAGCCUUAGCCAUGUGGCACUGGUAAUGAAUUGCGGAUCAGGAGGUAUGGGUUCAAAUCGCACCUCAGGAACAAAUUUUUAAAAAAAAUUUUUUACAAUUUUUAUUUUUACAAGUUGAAUUUUGACAGAAAAUGUAAUUUAAUAUUUUUUUUUUGCUUUUGAACAGAGUAAUGAAUUUUUAUGCAAAAUUUUAAAUUAUUAAUCAUUGUUUUUCAGGCUUAAAAUACUCAUAAACAUGAAAACAUUGAGUAAAAAAAAAUCACUAUUGCAGGUGGGUAGUAAUAUUUGACAUCAGAAACAAUAAUCUUCAAUUUUAGGUAUGAAGGUUUUGGGAUUACAUGAAAUUUCAGCUUUUUUCAAAAAAAAACUUUGAAGUCAAUUUUCUCAAAAUUUGAGCUUUUUAAAUUUUUAAUUACGGAUUUUUUUGGAGUUUUUUUUUGCACUUUUUGAGCUUCUAUACAGCUCAUAUGAUUGCUCCGGAGGUCUACUUCACCCCCCCCCCCCCCCCCCUCACACAUAACUCAAUAUCGACCAAAUGGGCCCAUUAUACCUGCGGAAUGACACAUUUUAUGAGUUCAAAAACGAUUAAAAAGCCCUUAUUAAGUUGUUUUUUUUGCAUUUUUGACGCUGUCCCACCAUAAUAACAAAAUUUGAAAAAAAAAAUCAUAAAUAUUAUGACUUGAGGUGAGGACAACAUUUGGCCACAAAAUGUAGUUUUAAUUUUGUAGUUGAAACGAUUGGGAUUUUUGGCUAAAAUGCAGGGCAAAAAAUUGAAAAAAAUUCAUAGAUUGACCCCCCCCCACCUCUCUUUCUACUAUUUGCUCUACACAUCAUUUCGAUUUCAAAACUGUUGGUCAAUAUGUGGUGAAGAAUUUUUGGGAUGAAAAACGCGAUUUUUUCGCAUAGGGGAGGGGGAAGGAGCAUUGAGUGAAAUUUUUUCAGCUCUAAAACUUUUUCCAAGUUCACCAACCUCUCAAAGAUAUGUCUUGUGAGUAUUUUCAAAAUCUGAGCCAACGUCAGAUUCACCUAUUUUAACCACAGAUACCCUCUCCCAAGAAACAAAUUUUCAAGAAACGUUUCAUCGAAAGAUGUAAACCAGCAGACUCGAGAAAUUACAAAUUCAAUUACCUAUAUAAAUACCUUGUACGACUUUCAAGUGCAUAAAUUAGACAGGCAUUGAAUUGAUAAGCGAUGAAAAGGUACUCGAGAUAGGUAGAUAGGUAUUAUAAAUAAAUCGAUAAGAAUCACUCGUUGUGUGUGAUCAAGUUGGGGAAAUUUCUUCCGUUAGGUUAAAUUGUACUUGAGCGGAGAAUUUUCACUCGAGCAGGAGAUUCGAAAAAAUAUGAAUACUGUAUACUCGUAGGUAAGUAUUAUACAACGUCUUUGUUUUAGCAGCUCGGACCGGAACCGGUUUUUAAAAAUUCAUUCAAAUUAGUACCUAUAGCUUGGUGUAUAAGGUAAGUACCUUACCCUACACCGUGUAGAUUUUUUUUCGCUCCACGCUCUGCGGUAAUAAUAGUAAUUUGAACGACUAUUUGAACUAGUUUCGUAUACCUAUGCUGUACUUAUACGUUGUAUUCGAUAUAAUAAACAUUUUGCCGGUG